AUGGCUAGGUUGCAUAUCUGUUUAGGCCUAUUUAUACAAGUGCUGCUGACAUCCGCCGCCCAGGAUCACAAUCAAAUGAGCAUGCUUUGCUCCGACGACGACACUCCAGCCUGCGCCCAAAGUCGACAUAAUGGAAUGUACUUCUUGUUCAGCAACGAGUGUGACCUUCGAAAGGCCCAGCAGGGCAACCUCAUGAACGGGCCGCUAUAUGAUGUGACCCUGCGCUACUGUUUUCCCAGCUGCGAGUUCGAAUGCAGCUCAAGAUACCAGCCAGUCUGUGGAGUCAAUUCGCAGUCAGGGGAACGCAAGACCUUCAAAAGCCGCUGCGAAAUGAUGCGUUCCGCCUGUCUGUCUCAAUCGGAUUGGCUGGUGCACCAAUGGGGAGUAUGUCCUAAGGCCAACACGGUGCCCCAGAGUAGCGAGAAGCCACCUGUGCCUGUUCCCUGCACCAGGAUCUAUCGCCCUGUGUGCGCCAUGUACGCGGGUGUCAAGUCCACCUUUUCCAACGAGUGCCUGGUAAAUGCCGAGAACAUCAAGACCCAGAGAAAUUGGCGCAUCGUUUCCGAGGGCCUUUGUGGCGAGGACAGCACCAAGAUGAAGCACAGCCGCAAGGAGAAGCCAAAGGCCAAGCCCAAGCUGGAUGCGGAGCGCACGAAGCGGAGCCACGAAGGCAGAAGGUUGUUCACUCAGGCGGAAGACUUCCAGAUACCGGAGGACGCCGUGGAGAUCUACGCCCCCUCCACCUUCCACACGCAAUUCAUCAGCCACACGGGCGCCAUGGAGAAGAGCUACUCGCUGCCCGCCAGGAAGCCCUACGUGGUGUUUCCCCCGAAACCGAAGGUGCGACGGCCCCAGGGAACUGCGAAGAGCCCCGUGAAGUCGUGCGUUUUCGGCAAUGGGUCCGUUUGCGGAAACUUUAAGGGACAGACCCGCACCUUUACCAAUGUCUGCGAACUGAUGGAGUAUAGCCAAAAAGUGGGAAACGCAUGGACUGUUUCCCACAAUGGCGUCUGUCAUCGCUGUGAGAAGCCCUGCCCCGCAGUCUAUAAGCCAAUUUGUGCCACUCGCAAUGGCAUCGAACACACAAUCAUCAACGAGUGUUAUCUGGAGAGAGUGCGCUGCAAGCACCCCAACAGCAUUUGGAAGUUAUCUCAUAAGGGUGAAUGCCUGAAGCCCAGUAAAGUGACAACUGAGGGAAGUCUUAUACUGCCACGUGUUGUGUUUAGGAUAAGUAAAAAGAUCACAACCGAAACACAGCACAACAUACCUAGAAAAACUCUACUGAAGACUACAACCACUGAGGCUCCAACUUUCAAGGCCACUUCCCCUUCCCUAGAAGUUAAUAAUCGCAAAAUACGCAAAAUAGAGCUGGCUAAAGCGGGAUUUUCGGGUUUCGGUGGAUCAAGUGGUUCCAAGCACAUGCACACUGAUGAAAACUCUUCCUGGUCCAUCAGUGACAACUGGCUGGUACGGAAAACUCUCGACAAUGUCAAGGCCUUUUUUGGCAAAAAGCCUACGUCUUACUGGACUGUUCCAGCGAAAGGAGCAAGCACUUACAGUACAUCAACGAGCACAACCACAGCAGCAUCGCCACCGAAACUGCCAGCCAUUUUGAGCUCGGCGUCCACAGAGCUACUAAAUUUGGAUGUUGCAAAUGCAGUCAGUGUCUAUGAGCCUGAAUUGCUGUCUUUGGGGACCACUAAAGAGGUAACCUCAACCACACCUGUUCCAAGCACCACUCAGCCGCCCAGCAGUACACAGCAUUCGAGCACGGAAUUACCCACCACCAGUUCGGAGACUGCCUCUUCGAAUGUGGAAACGGCAAGUGAAGAAUCCACCACCGAGUCCGAGGAGACAAGUCAUCCGCCAACCACCAGCAUUGACUCCAGCACCACUGCGGCACCGCCAUCUUCGACCACUAAAACCGAGGAGUUGAAUAGCCAAACCACUGGCAGCGAGUCGCCCACCACAGUGGCCUCCAGCGAGCUGCCAACUUCAACCGUGAACGCGGACUACGCGGCGGAUGAGUCAUUUUCAGAGUCCAGUGGUCAGACCUCCAUCUACGGGCUCGACAAGAACUCUCUGAUUAUGCGUUUGUUACGAGCUAGAAGUAAGCAAAACGUGCUCAUUUAG